UUUCAGUGACGGGGGCAUCACUGCAGCUGGGAGAGAGAGAGAGAACCAGCGCUCUGAAGAAAGGAAAGAACAGAAAGGGAAAAGACGGGAGAGAGGGUGCCCCAUCCAUCCAUCCAUCCAACUGAACUUUCCUGCAGGACUUUAUGAAAUUAUGGCUGCAUGAGUGGCUCCGUUCCCUCAGCUCCCGUCUCUCUCGUGCUUCCUUUCUCCGGGACUUUUGGGUCACUGGUUCUGUCCUGAUAUAACGCAGUUGACAAACAUAUCAGACUCUUUUAUCGAUCCACGCGCGGUGUGGACGGGCGCAGGUGGUCAUGGAUACACCUAUCAGAUGGAAAGUAAAGCGGAGGUUUAAGGAGUUGCGGCUGUCGCUUCUCCUAAUAUUCUUUUUCACCUCCCAAGCCAGCGCAGCUGAGCCUGCCGAUCUCUUAAAGAUAUUAGAUUUUCACAGUUUGCCAGAUGGUGUUACAAAAACUACAGGAUUCUGCUCACACAGGAAGUCGUCGAAAGUGCCCGACGUCGCCUAUAGAGUCUCAAAAGAUGCACAGCUUAGCGCUCCUACUAAACAACUCUACCCCUCAUCCAUGUUUCCUGAGGACUUCUCCAUCCUGGUGACGAUGAGGCCUAAGAAAAACAGUCAGUCAUUCCUGCUGUCAGUGUAUAAUGAACAGGGCAUUCAGCAGCUCGGUCUGGAGGUGGGACGCUCCCCUGUCUUCCUGUAUGAAGACCACCAGGGAAAACCUGGUCCAGAGGACUACCCACUCUUCAGAGGGGUCAACCUGGCUGAUGGAAAGUGGCACCGUGUGGCGAUCAGCGUUCACAAGCAGAGCAUCACUCUGAUUUUGGACUGUAAGAAGAAGAUCACACGGACGCUAUCCAGAAGCCCUCACCCCAUCAUCGACACUAAAGGGAUUGUGGUGUUCGGAACGCGUAUCCUGGAUGAGGAGGUGUUUGAGGGUGAUAUCCAGCAGCUGAUGAUUGUAGCCGACCACAGAGCUGCUUUUGACUACUGUGAGCACUACAGCCCUGACUGUGAGGUUCCUGCUCCAGAACAGCCCCAGAACCAAGACCCAAACACUGAUGAAUAUAACACAGAGGACGAAAACUACUAUUAUGAAUAUCCCUACUAUGAGGAUGUGGAUGCAGACAAGACAGAGGACACGGCAACCGAUGAAGCAACUGGAACGGAAACAGAAGACCUGACGGUGUCUGUUCCGGAUAGCAGUCGCAUAGUUACCUCGGUUUUAUCUGGUGGAGCCGGAAGUUCCAGCAGCUCGUCCAAUCCCUCCUCCUCCUCCUCUUCUUCUUCCUCUUCUUCUUCUGCUUCUUCUUCUUCUUCUUCCUCUUCCACUUCAACUACGACAAAUGGUGAGGACCCGUACGAAGGCUAUGAUGGAUAUGAGACCGGAUACGAUACAUACUACGACGAGUCGACCUCGCGGCCCGACGGCUCUCAGACCAUCACAAUCACCAGCACCAAUACAGGCACUGAAGAAGAGGUAGAUAUUGGACGGGGCGGUGAUGUGGAUCUCGGACUGGGAGAAGAACUGGACAGGAGAAUCAUCACAUCCGGAGGAGGAAGCGUCACGAUAACACGCAACGGAACCUCUGGAUCUGGAUCUGAAUCAAGCUCUAGCUCUAGUUCUAGUUCUAGCUCCGGUUCUGGUUCUAGGACCAUUAGUGGCUCUAGCUCAAGCUCAAGCUCAAGCUCAAGCUCUACCUCUACCUCGGUUAAUGGUUACGAGGAUAACCAGUACGGUGAGGGUUAUGAUCUGACCUAUGGUGAGGGAUACGGCGAGGGAUACGGAGAAGGAGAUUAUACCGUGGGUGGAGGUGGCAGCACUAGCACUUCUGUGUCUGUAGGGGGCGGAUCUGUUUCCGUUGGAGGCGGAUCUGUAUCGGUAGGGGGUGGAUCUGUAUCCGUUGGAGGAGGAUCUGUUUCAGCAAGUGGCUCAGCUGGAGGAGGGGGCGGAUCUGCCACUGCUGGGGCCAGCGCAGGUGCAGGGUCUGUUGCCACGGGAGCUGGACAGGGUGGAAUUGGUGGAGAGGCAGAUUCCAUCGAUAUUGACAAGUUCAAGGAGGAAUCCAUCACGGAUUACACUGAUGCUGACCUGGAGAAGAUGUACGAUUAUGAUGACCUGUACACUGACGGUGACAAAGCACUGCCUGCAGAGACAGAUGAGAUCUAUGGCCAGGUGGAUGGACUCAGAGGAGAGAAAGGCCAGAAAGGAGAGCCAGCCAUCAUUGAGCCUGGAAUGUUGGUUGAAGGCCCACCUGGUCCAGAGGGUCCCACAGGUCUUCCUGGCCCUCCAGGUUCAUCGGGACCCCCAGGAAGCGCCGGAGAUCCCGGUGAGAGGGGUCCUCCUGGUCGCGCUGGUCUGCCUGGAGCUGACGGUCUGCCAGGACCUCCAGGGACUGUCCUUAUGUUGCCUUUCCGUAUGAGUACUGGAGGAGACAGUGGACAUAAAGGUCCUGCUGUUUCUGCUCAAGAAGCUCAGAUGCAAGCUAUCAUGCAGCAGGCCAGACUGGCAAUGAGAGGUCCAACUGGACCAAUGGGACUGACGGGCCGUCCUGGUCCUCUGGGUCCUCCUGGUGUGGCUGGACUGAAAGGAGAGUCUGGAGAGGCAGGACCUCAGGGUCCCCGUGGUCCAAUGGGAUCCAUGGGCCCUUCUGGCAAGCCUGGCAGAAGGGGCCGAUCUGGAUCAGAUGGAGCCAGAGGGAUGCCUGGACAGACUGGACCAAAGGGUGACAGAGGAUUUGAUGGUCUCGCUGGUUUGCCCGGUGAAAAGGGCCACAGGGGCGAGACGGGCCCUCAGGGACCACCCGGGCCCCCUGGAGAGGAUGGAGAAAGAGGCGAUGAUGGUGAGGUUGGACCCAGGGGUCUGCCCGGAGAACCGGGUCCUCGUGGUUUGCUAGGCCCCAAAGGUCCCCAAGGGCCCCCAGGACCUCCAGGUGUGACUGGAAUGGACGGACAUCCAGGAGCUAAAGGAAACAUUGGGCCUCAAGGUGAGCCAGGCCCUCCUGGACAACAAGGCAACCCCGGAGCUCAGGGACUUCCAGGUCCUCAGGGAGCGAUCGGACCUCCUGGAGAAAAGGGUCCCACUGGAAAGCCAGGCUUACCGGGAAUGCCAGGAGCUGACGGACCCCCGGGUCACCCUGGAAAAGAAGGGCCAGCAGGAGAGAAAGGGAAUCUGGGGCCUCCAGGUGCUCAGGGGCCAAUCGGAUAUCCUGGGCCUAGAGGUGUAAAGGGUGCUGAUGGAGUCCGUGGGCUUAAAGGAACCAAAGGUGAAAAGGGAGAAGAUGGAUUUCCUGGAUUUAAGGGAGAUAUGGGCAUCAAAGGUGACAGGGGAGAACUAGGUGCUGCUGGCCCCAGAGGUGAGGAUGGACCCGAGGGACCUAAAGGACGAUCCGGUCUCCCUGGAGACCCUGGACCACUCGGGUCAACAGGAGAGAAGGGUAAGCUUGGUGUGCCCGGGUUGCCAGGUUACCCAGGAAGACAAGGCCCCAAGGGCUCUCAAGGAUUCCAGGGAUUCCAAGGAGCCAGUGGAGAGAAAGGCACAAGGGGGACAUCAGGGAAGCCCGGCCCUCGGGGACAGAGAGGACCGACGGGGCCCCGUGGAGAAAGGGGGCCAAGGGGGCCCACAGGGAAAGCAGGACCAAAGGGUAACUCAGGAAGUGAUGGCCCCCCAGGACCACCCGGUGAACGGGGUCUGAUGGGACCCCAGGGACCAACUGGAUUCCCCGGCCCUAAGGGUCCACCUGGACCUGCCGGAAAGGAUGGACUGCCUGGACACCCUGGACAGAGAGGAGACACUGGUUUCCAAGGUAAAAGUGGACCACCCGGACCUCCAGGUGUUGUUGGACCUCAGGGACCAACAGGUGAGACAGGACCAAUGGGAGAGCGAGGUCACCCUGGACCCCCAGGACCACCCGGUGAUCAGGGAGUAAACGGAGCAGCAGGCAAAGAGGGUGCAAAGGGAGAUCCAGGUCCAGCCGGCCCCACAGGUAAAGACGGACCCCCAGGACUGAGAGGUUUCCCCGGCGAUAGAGGUUUACCAGGCCCUGUGGGCUCAGCAGGUUUAAAAGGGAAUGAAGGGCCUCCUGGACCACCAGGGCCUGCUGGUUCUCCUGGUGAAAGGGGUGCAGCUGGCCCAGCUGGUCCCACUGGCCUCCCGGGCCGACCCGGACCUCAGGGACCCCCAGGCCCCGCUGGAGAGAAAGGUGGACCUGGUGAGAAAGGACCUCAAGGCCCAGCUGGUAGAGAUGGUAUUCAGGGACCUGUUGGACUUCCAGGCCCGGCUGGACCCAUUGGACCUCCGGGAGAGGAUGGUGAUAAGGGAGAGAUUGGCGAGCCAGGUCAGAAGGGAAGCAAAGGUGACAAGGGCGAACAGGGUCCUCCAGGGCCAAACGGCCCCCAGGGUCCCGUGGGUCAGCCUGGUCCUUCUGGUGCAGAUGGAGAGCCGGGUCCCAGAGGUCAGCAGGGGUUGUUUGGACAGAAGGGAGAUGAGGGGUCACGAGGGUUCCCUGGACCACCAGGACCUGUCGGCCUUCAGGGCUUGCCUGGACCUCCCGGUGAGAAAGGAGAGACUGGUGACGUUGGUCAGAUGGGUCCCCCCGGUCCACCUGGCCCCAGAGGCCCUUCCGGACCGCCAGGAGCUGAUGGACCACAGGGCCCACCAGGAGGUAUCGGAAACCCCGGAGCAGUGGGCGAGAAGGGAGAUGCUGGUGAAGCAGGAGAACCAGGUCCACAGGGAGAUGUCGGCCCUUCUGGUCCAAGAGGAGAGAGAGGUGAGAAGGGAGAAGCUGGGCCUGCUGGUGCUGCUGGUCCUCCUGGUCCAAAAGGACCACCAGGAGAUGAUGGUCCUAAAGGAAGUCCUGGUCCAAGCGGUUUCCCUGGUGAUCCUGGUCCUCCUGGUGAGCCUGGGCCUUCGGGUUUAGAUGGUGCUCCUGGUGACAAGGGCGAUGAUGGCGAGCCCGGCCAACCAGGUUCCCCUGGGCCUACUGGUGAAACUGGUCCCACUGGUCCUCCAGGAAAGAGAGGACCUCAUGGACCUGCUGGACCUGAAGGAAGACAGGGAGAGAAGGGUGCAAAGGGUGAACCUGGUCUUGAAGGUCCAGCUGGCAAGACUGGUCCAGUUGGCCCUCAGGGAGCCCCUGGAAAGCCUGGUCCUGAGGGUUUGAGAGGAGUUCCUGGUCCAGUUGGAGAACAAGGACUGCCUGGUACCCCUGGACCUGAUGGACCGCCUGGACCAAUGGGUCCUCCUGGACUUCCUGGUCUGAAGGGAGAUACCGGUAUUAAAGGUGAAAAGGGUCACCCUGGUCUGAUUGGACUGAUUGGACCUCCAGGAGAACAGGGCGAGAAGGGUGACAGAGGGCUGCCGGGUCCACAAGGAUCUUCAGGACCUAAAGGAGACAAUGGUAUUGCUGGACCAUCCGGGCCUCUUGGGCCCAUCGGACCUCCUGGACUCCCGGGUCCCCCUGGUCCUAAAGGUGCUAAAGGAUCAUCUGGUCAGACUGGCCCGAAGGGAGAAGCCGGACAUCCGGGGCCACCUGGACCUCCAGGUCCACCUGGUGAUGUCAUCCACCCACUGCCCAUGCAGUCCAGCCCCAAACGGGCAAAGAGGAACAUUGAUGCCAGUCAGCUGAUGGACGAUGCUGGAGAUGCCAACUAUAAAGACUAUGAGGAUGGCAUGGAAGAGAUCUUCGGCUCUCUGAACUCUCUCAAACUGGAAAUUGAACAGAUGAAACACCCGCUGGGCACACAGAGUAACCCUGCCCGCACCUGCAAGGACCUACAGCUGUGCCACCCUGACUUCCCAGAUGGUGAAUACUGGAUCGACCCGAACCAGGGCUGCUCCAGAGAUUCAUUUAAAGUGUACUGUAACUUCACAGCUGGUGGAGAGAGCUGCAUCUUCCCUGAUAAAAAGAGUGAAGGGGCCAGGCUCACCUCUUGGGUGAAGGAGAAUCCAGGGUCGUGGUUCAGUGAAUUCAAACGUGGUAAACUGCUGUCAUACGUGGAUGCAGAGGGCAACCCGAUCGGAGUGGUCCAGAUGACGUUCCUUCGUUUACUCAGUGCCACUGCUCGGCAGAACCUUACCUACAACUGUUACCAGUCCGUUGCUUGGCACGACCAGGAACUGGACUCUCACGAUAAAGCCAUUCGUUUCCUGGGUUCCAACGAUGAAGAGAUGUCUUACGAUAACAACCCGUACAUCAGAGCCGCUGUUGACGGCUGUGCGUUGAAAAAGGGCUAUGAAAAGACUAUUCUUGAGAUCAACACUCCGAAAGUGGAGCAGGUACCAUUUGUUGACAUUAUGUUCAACGAUUUUGGUGGAGCGACACAGAAGUUCGGCUUUGAGGUCGGACCGGCCUGCUUCAUCGGCUAAGACUGCUCGCCGAGCACACAUAUUCAUUUUCUCAGAAACAAAACACAAGAAAGAAAUAGGACAACUUAUUUGUAUAGUUUUGUGUUUCCAAAAAAAAAAAAAAAAAACCCAACAGAUAUCAAAAUUUGAAGAAAAGAAAGAAUGGAUGUCUAAGCAAUGGGUUAUUUUAACAAGAGCAACAUUUUUAACCUCAGUGUACCCUCUGCAUCACAUGCAAGUUUUGAAACUGGAUGAGGUCAUCGCUUAUGUUUCUCCCAGCCGCACACACCUAACGCUUGUCUCUUCACCUCACCCCCAUGAAGCCCCUCCCACAGGCUGUAUAGACAGAUUAGAUCCAUGUUUAUAUUUCCCACCACUCUCUGCAGGGAGGCCUGUUCACGGACUCCUCAUGUAGCGCAAUAUACGGUUCAGAAUUUCUUGUACGAGAAAGUUUCAUUUGUUUGUUUUGUUUUUUGUUUUUAAUGUGGCUCCCCCUUUUAACUCUUACUUCCAAGCUUUGUUGUUUGUGCAUACUUGUCUUCCAUUCCCUGGAAUGGUGAUUAUAUAUAUAAAUAUAUAUAAAUAUGUUUUCUAUGUUUGUAAGUACCUUCUGUAUAUUUUUCUGUGGUGAAGUGUUUUUUUGGCUCUGGCUUCAAAACAUGCAUGUGAACCCAUUGAAUGAUAAGGACAGAGCUACUGGUUAUUGGAAAAACAUAAAAAAAAAAAAACUCCCCCUAAAAAGAUGAGCCUGAGAAAAUUUCCCACAUGUCUGAAGAAAAUAAAGGAAAUUAUUAAAGAACAAAGAAAACGCAAAUGCAACAAAUAAAUUGUGUCUUACUGCAGAUGUGAAGAACGUCUUUUUGUAAUUUAAACAACAAAAUGACAAUAAAAGUAAAACAGCACACAGCCAUAAUGUGAGCAUUAAUUUGCUGGCUUUCGUGGGUCCUUGUGAACAUGACCCGUGUGUACAAGGCGAUUCUGAUCAUGGAAUUAUGACUUUUUUUACAUUCAUGAAAACUUUGCUUUCCUCUAGAGAGCACAAACACAAUGGGAGACAUCACACCGAGGAAACACAAUAUCGGUAAACUAGGUGCUAUUUCCUUCUGUCUGUGGUGCUACAAAUAUAUACCUUUGUUUCCUUUUAUUGUUCGUUUUAAUUGAAAAUGGCUCUGCGGUGAUGCCUAAGCAAUUCCACACCUUCUGUCAAAGUCCUAGCUUUGCUUCCUGUGGGUAAAAUGUCCAAAGUGGGGAAGUAUUUUUAUGCAUGCUGUAAAAUCAUAUUCAUUUGUAGAUGAAAAUGUUUUUUUCUUCUGUUAUCAUUCCUCUGAUUAGUGUUUCACCACAUUCAACAUUGUCCAGAAUCUAAAUGUUAUUAGUAAAUACUGCAUAUGGAGAUAAUUUAUGUUCUUAAAUGGUCAGCCAAAGUGUUUAGUUUACACUUUACAUUACAAUGUUCAUAUUACAUAUUAUAUAAUGUACUUGUAAUAAACAGAAUAAUUUGUAAUUAUUAUGUGGAGCUGCUUGUACACAUAGUUACAUAGUUAAUGCUAUUGUAAUUACACAUAAUAGCAUGUAUUAUGUGUAAGAUGGAUUAUGUAAUGUAAAGUGUUACUCUAGUUUAUUUACAACAGAACUGAGAGCUUGAAUUUUUCAUUUUUAUUUUUUAACAUUUCCUGAAAUGAGUGCAGUGGAACAGCGUUUCACCUCAAACUUUUAAAAAUACUUAAACUUUUAACAGUUGAAAAUUGGUUUGGGAUUUUAAUUAGAUAUAUUUUGGAGGGUUCUGGGAAUUUAACCAAAGGCUUACCAAAUGCUUAUGCAGAGGAAUUAAAAGUUAAUUUUCCUGCUGAUUUUCUGCAGUCCUUCGAAAGAUAUUUCUCAGUUUUAGUUUUUAAUUUAUGACUUUAAGACCAAGAAUCAAAAUGUCCUUGUAUGAUUAUUCAAUUACGUUGUAGAUCAAAAUUUUCCUAGAUACUUUUUUAUUGCAUUUGCACAUUGAAGGUUUUCAAAAUUCAAUAGAGCCAUCUCUUUAUUCAUCUGUCUAGUUUUCAGCAUCUUUUGCCACUAGAUUUUUUUUCUUAUGCACUCUUUAUCUAGCUUUAAACCACUACACCUGAUACUGCAAAAUCUUGCUCUCCAAUUUUUAAGUAUGACUUGAACUAUGUCUUUAAAGAUGAUUCAAAAUACAGAUGGAAUAUCCAGUUGACACAUUUCUAUCAAUACAAAAUAAAAACAACAACAACAAUUUUUUCUGUACAUUUCAAAACCAGCAGUAAUGCUGCCAAUAAAGUUUAUUCUGUUUUGUUUUUGUCUUUGUAUUGUUUGUUUGUUUGUUUUGCGGUCUUGUCAAACCUGUGUACGAGCAGAUAGAAGAGAUAUUGGUUGUUUGUGUCAAUAAAUUCAAGUUUACUGUGUCCACCUACCCUUGUAUGUCUUUUGAAGCAUUAAAACUUUUCUGUAUGCAUGAAAUUGUUAAGCUCUUUCUCUUGAUGUUUCUUCCCCCCGGUUUAAUUUGAUUCCCAAUCCACAUUUUUAUCACCAGUUUUCAAAUCUACUUUUCAAGUGCUCCAAUGAAAAUAGGUCUGUCCUUCAUUGUGAAAUGGAGAGAGAGCGAUGAUUGUUGUAACUCUACCAAAGCCGAUGUUCCUUUGUAGUAUAUUUAUUGUAUUAUUUAAAAAUAAUAAAUGUUAAUUGAUA